AGGCAGGCGUGAAUUUGGGAUCCACCAAGGUACAGAUGAAGAGAGCUUGUCAUCCAGACCGUUAGAUGGCGCUGUAAACAGGUUGUACUGGAAGUUUCUUGAAGACUUACCGGAUUUUCCCUCCCGUCUACGACCUGUUCCCUUAAAUCAAUGAAACUGUGCACUAAUCCAGAUCCUCCCUCGGGGUGGGUUUGGUUAGAAAGCUCUCUGAGGGCAGGGAACUGAGCUCAUAGUGAGAUUCCUGAGCUGAAAGUGAAAUGGACACGGUAGUGAUCGUGUCUGCUGCCAGGACGCCUAUAGGGUCCUUCAACGGGGCACUGAGCAGCGUGGCAGCUUCUGAUUUGGCUGCGGUAGUCAUUAAGGAUGUCCUGAAGAGGGCUGAUGUAAAGCCAGAUGAGGUAUCUGAGGUCAUCAUGGGGCAUGUCCUCACUGCAGGCCAUGGACAGAACCCUACACGACAGGCUAGUGUUGGCGCAGGAAUCCCGUACCCUGUCCCUGCGUGGAGCUGUCAGAUGGUGUGUGGAUCUGGGCUAAAAGCCGUGUGUCUCGGAGCUCAGUCCAUCAUGAUGGGAGAGUCCACAGUAGUGGUGGCAGGGGGCAUGGAGAGCAUGAGCCGGGCCCCUCACACAGUGCAAAUGAGGUCAGGAAUAAAGAUGGGAGAUGCCGCACUGCAGGACUCUGUAGUGGCCGAUGGACUCACAGAUGCUUUUCACAACUGCCACAUGGGUAUCACAGCGGAGAACGUGGCUAAGCAGUGGGGCGUGACCCGAGAAGCUCAGGAUCAAUAUGCCGUCACUUCACAGAGCAGAACUGAGGCGGCCCAGAAGGCUGGUUACUUUAACCAGGAGAUUGUUCCAGUUAUUGUUCCUUCAAGAAAAGGUCCAGUAGAAGUAAAAGUUGAUGAAUUUCCUCGCCACGGGAGCAAUAUGGACGCCAUGUCCAAGCUGAAGCCCUGUUUUCUGAAGGACGGGUCUGGCACAGUCACGGCUGGCAAUGCAUCGGGAAUUAAUGACGGUGCUGCAGCUACUGUCCUCAUGAGCCAAUCAGAGGCUCAGAGGCGUGGUCUGCGUCCAAUGGCACGAAUUGUCGCAUGGGCUCAGACUGGCCUUGAUCCAUCCAUCAUGGGCACGGGGCCAAUUUCAGCCAUCAGAAAAGCAACAGAGAAGGCUGGCUGGCAACUGCCUGAGGUGGAUCUGUAUGAAAUCAACGAGGCCUUCGCUGCUCAGUGCCUCGCAGUGGUUCGGGAACUCGGCCUGAACCCCGACAAGGUGAACGUCAGUGGUGGAGCUAUCUCUCUGGGUCAUCCUCUGGGUAUGUCUGGCUGCAGGGUGCUGGUGAGCCUCCUGCAUGCACUUCAGAGGACGGGGGGCAGAACAGGCGUUGCUGCACUGUGCAUCGGAGGAGGAAUGGGAAUUGCUAUGUGUGUCGAGAGAAUUUAAGACACCCUCGGACACACAUACAGACCGGCUACUGUUCCAGAAAACUGUAUCAGGUCUUACACGCUUACAUGAAUUUGUUGAAAUUGUGUUUAAAUUAUACUAUGGAAAAUGAAUGUUUAUAUUUUUUUAAUAAUUCAGUCAUCACGUGUAGCCACUGCAAGGGUUUCUCUGAAGUAUUCAUUAAUAAACACUAUGACCUUCUUAGGAAAAUCAUGUGCAUUAAAUCCUCACAGCUAUACUAUGACUGUACUUGUCUGACGUCUACAUCAUUUUCAGUGCUUGGGGUAAGAUGAUGGAUGGGAUCGUGAGAUUAAGAUAUGUGGUAAAGCCUAAAAGUGAAAUUCAAACCAUCCAACUAAUGUUAUCUAAAUAUAUAACAUUACUUAGAAAUGUAUUGAUCGCGGAUGCGGACAACAACUCUCGGUUUAGAUAUCACGAGAUAAAUAGAAAGCAGUGAGAGCUUCCAUCUUCAAACAUUCCAUUAACAUAAUGCUAUCCUUUACAUUCAUUCCAGUUUUCUUUUCCUGUGGCUCGGAGCCACUAUGUCUCACUGUACGUCCAGGCCAGAUUAUUACUUUUACUAAUAGUUAGAAAUAGUUAAUAAUUAUAUUGAUCAAUUUAGAAAUGUCUUCUACUUUAGACUUGCCUUAGCCAUUACAAUGUGCCAUAAAGCUGAAUUAGCCUCAGUCCUGUGCUUCCUAUUAACAGCCUGAUGAAAUCUGUCUGAAAUACUGUAUGUGCUGGUUUGAAACCUCAAGGGAAAACAUGUUUACAUAUUAAACUCUUCGGUGUAUCUCCUCAGUGAAUAAAAAAAUUCAACCUUA